UUAAACCUUAGAUAAUGAAGCUCUUUCUUACAAUUUUAGUUCUUAGGCUGGUCGCUAUUUUACGCGGAGUUUCAGGAGAAGCAGAAACUCUUCUUGAGGAACCUGGAUCAGAUUGGCACUGGGCUAUCUUUAAAGACAGUUGGGAAGGAGCAGGAUGGAUUCGUCUUUGGGAUCAUUGGACUCAAUCACCAACUUACAGAAUCUGUGAUACUACUAACAGAAAACAGAAACCAAAGAACUGGUUACUAACGGACUUUCUCAAUACCAAGGAUGCUACACGACUCGAUAUUGUUGUGACCUACACCCUUCGUAACUGCCCCUCAGCUAACGUGUGGCCAUUCUGCAGAAAAGACUUUACCCUUUAUUCUUAUCAUACGGAUCACAUAUUAGAUUCUAGUCCAGACCCAACACGACUAAACUUCCACAAAGAAACUGUUAUUACUCCAAAAACUCUUCCUGCACCUCUUGAAAGUACAACAGACACAUUUUAUGGGUCAAUAGUAACAAAAGCAAAGGGAAUUUAUUUGGCAUUAUUAGACCAAGGAGCUUGCUUGACAAUAAGCAAGUUUGUUGUAAGAUAUAAUUUUUGCUCUGAGACGGUCGUCGCUUCCUUCGUUAGAUUUCCAAGAACAAUUGCCCCAGUAAAUGAUAUCAAUUUAACCAAACAAGAAGGAGAAUGUGCAGAUCCUAACUCGCAUAAUAUAUACAACACAAAGUUAUUUGGCGUGUGCUUUAGUAAUGGGGAAUGGAACAUCACAGCUAACUCAAUCUGCUUUGGUGCUGAGGAAUGGAACAUCACUGUUAACUCACUCUGCCUUUGUGAUUAUGCUUAUGAACUUACCAAUGGAUCUUCAGACUCUUUUGUAUGCAGAGAGUGUCAGAAAGGCUUCUACAAGGAUUCUGUUGGUAAUGAAAAAUGUAGACCUUGUCCUGCAAACUCAGUAUCUAAUACUGACAGGACUGGUUGCAUGUGUAAUGAAGGUUACUACCAACCGUCUAAUGUGGUAGAUUGUGAAGCCUUUACAAGAAAUGCAAUCAACAUAACCAUGGUUAUCGCCAAUGAACGCUGUACCUAUGGAAACUACGAUCAAUCCUCGUUAUUGACGAGACUCCAAAAAGUGUUGGAGGAGGCUUUUGCUGAGAGAUUUGCAGGUUUAAGAGGUGCGCUGUUGAAAAAUAGCAUUAGAUGUGGAAGUAUAAUUGCUGACCUAGCACUUAUAUUCCAUUCCAAAACAAAAGAGCAAGAUGUUAUUACAGUGCUUCGUAACGCUUCCAACGAUGGAAAGCUUGGAAACUUCACUGUGAGUGCAAUAAACAGAACAAGAAUGCGAGUUAAUUUUGAAACUAGAACUACUGAAGCAGAAACAGCAACGCCCCCCGGCAGUACCACAGGGAUUUUUACUGGUGCAGUGAUUGGAUCAACUGCCAUACUGGUUGAGAAAGCGUAA